CUUAUCCCCAAAAAUUCCAAGCACCCAAUGCCUCUGAUUUUGCCCAGGAAAAAAGUCCCAAGAGAAUAACGCAAAAGAGGAGAAACAAACACACACAGAGAUGGCAACAUCCUUCCUAUCAACAGCGAACACGUUCCAUUCUUCCACACCUUCUUCUUCUUCUUCCUCCUCUUCUUCACCUCCAUUGUUGAGAUCAAGAUUUUCUUGCCUUAAUUGCCGUAAUAACGCUAGAAGACUGGUAAUCUGCAAGGGAAAUAACGACCCACCAUCGCAAAUCCCAACUUUAACCAAGAGAAGCCUCUCAAUCUGCUUCAUUUCCGGUUUCAUUUUCCCUCUGGUGGGUCAAGGAUUCUCCGAUGCAAAUGCUGCGAUUCUUGAAGCCGAUGAUGAUGAAGAGCUUCUGGAAAAGGUGAAGAAGGAUAGAAAGAAGAGGCUGGAAAGACAAGGGGUUAUCAGCUCCGCCAAUAAAGAAAAAGGAUACCUCCAGGAAGUUGUGUACAAGCUGAGCAAAGUUGGUCAAGCCAUUGAUAACAAUGACUUCUCAACAGCAAGUUCAGUUCUUGGGGGUAGUAAUGAUGCAGAUUGGGUUCGGAAUGCCAACUUAGCCUUCAACAAGCUGAGCUCAAGUCCUGAAGAGAAAUCUGAAGUGGACGCAUUCAACUCCUCUCUAGCUUCAUUAAUCUCAUCAGUGACUCAGAAUGAUGUCCAAUCCUCUAAAACUGCCUUUGUAGCGUCGGCCAGUGCACUUGAGAAAUGGACCGCCUUGGCUGGGCUUGUUGGACAGCUGAAGGGGCUUUGAGUGGAAAACAACCAUCUCUACUGAUCUCAUCACUUGAGAAAUGGACCGCCUUGGCUGGGCUUCUUGGACAGCUGAAGGGGCUUUGAGUGGAAAACAACCAUCUCUACUGAUCUCAUUUCUACUGUAUUUUUAGUCUCCUCACCUCCUAAAUCAUUGCAGUUUAAGGUCAAGAAGCUGAUUUUUCUUGUCAUCUUCUUACUGAGUUUCUGGUGUCAAUGUUACUGAACUUCGAAUGGAUAGAUUCCAUUGUUUAGUAUGAAUGUUAUUGUUGGUUUAUCCAAGAAAACCUACACAUCUGUUUAUGAAC